CAAGAAUUCACACGGAGUUUGUGCUUUCAGAGGCAUUAAUAAUCAGAAAAUUACGUGUUUGAAAGCGUUAUUUUUUCACGAGUGUCUUAACAGAAUAUAAACAAGUACUGCAUUAGUAACAGUGAAGGACUGGAAAAAUGCCAACCUUCUGGUUUCGCUUGUAUGCACCUGUACGUCGAAGCUACAAGUGAUUACUUAUUGCAGGUUGAUAUUCCAUUUCUCAAGAGAUCCUAAUGGAGACAAAUUAAUCCGAAUAUAUUUGGAGAUAGCAUUCAAUAUGUGUUUGUAUCAAUCAAUCUCAAAUUUCUAAGUUGGUACAUAUUUGGUUAAGAUUUUGCUUGAUGCCUGUAAUCGCGCGCGGGAAUGCUUCUCGCACUUUUAUUCAUUUUGAAAGUCUUACUUGAAAUUGCAAACGGUGUUGAUUUUGUCUUUCCUUGUGGACAACCAAAAGUGUAUACUGGAUAUUUAUGGUCAAACUCAACAGUUGUCCACGUUGUACCGAGAAUUCAGGCUACAUCAGAGAAACUUAAUGACCAUUUUGGCAAAGCAUGUCGUUUUAAUGUUCAUAGCUCUGAAAACUUGCCAUUUUAUGUUGAGUUGCUUGAUAUGAAAUAUGGAUUCGCUGAACUACGUGUCGACCCAAAGAUAUCAUCAAACAUUAAAAAUACUUCAUCCCUUGUUUUGGAAAUACAAGCGAUAGAUUGCAAUGAACAACCAAAGACAUCCCCACGAGUCCCAAUUCGUAUUCAAGUGAUAAAUCGACAUGGGCCAGUCUUCGAUAAACCUCAUUAUAAUUUUAAAAUUGGUCAAAGAAGUCCAAUUGGCAGUAUUGUUGGUCAAAUUCAAGCAAUAGAAGAAGUUAGUCAAACAAGCGAUCACGUGAAUACAGCCAUUUGUGGUUAUCGUCUUGAUCCUCCUGAUAACCCAUUUGCUAUAAACAGCUAUGGUGUUAUACGUGUACGUGAAUCACUUUCAUCUCUUGCACAAAGACCUUAUUCACUACAAGUUAUCGCUGAAGACUGUACUCGCCCUGUACCUCACAGAGCUUCAGUUGGUAUAACUAUUGAUCAAAUACUUGUCGAUUGUCGACCUGGAUGGAAAAAUAUACCAACCGAUAUUGAAUUUCUUGGCUCUGAAGAAAAACCAGAACGUCUAUUUCAACAUUCAAGUUUACAUCUAGAUACUUGUACUGGUCCAUGUUCUGAUCCAUUCAUAGAAGCUAGAUUAGAACUUAGAGCAGCUGUAAUAGGUCAGAAUUUGUUAACUGCCAGUUCACAAUCCUGUCGACAUGAUCCUGUUAGCAUAAGAAGACAACAAAAAUUUUGUGGCUUGAAUCCGUCUACUAAUACAAAUUUACUUCCUAAUCCUGAAUAUGAUAUAGUCAAUCAGCUGAUUGGUCCAGCGCUGGGUAAUCCACCACGUUUAAUUCCAUCAUUACUUGCAUGGAGAUUUGAUACAGCUUCGUCUACCGUCUGGGAAGUGGAUACAAAUCGUUUAAUUAAUCAUACAAAACAAUCAUUUAGUUGGGAUUCUGAUUUCACUAUAUCUUUUUGGCUUAGAAGACGUAAUGCUAAUAACUAUUUAAAUAAAGCAAAUAUAGAAGAUCAUGAAGAAUCAAUAAUUUGUAGUCAUGAUGAUAUUGAACCUGAAUGGAGAUAUUUAUCGAUUAAUCUACGUGAAUGUCGAUUCAUAGUGAGGAUUAUGUCAUCUGCACCUAGAACAAAUGUAGAUGAUCCAAAAAAAUCUACAAUGUGGAUAUUUGAUCCAUUACCAGAGGAUAUUUGUUCACAGUCUACUGGGCAUGAUGAUGGAAUUUGGCAUCAUUAUUCAAUUACAUUUAGUUCAUCUCCAUCAGCAGUUACAAAUGAUCCGAUUAGUAUAUUAAUCGAUGGUCAAGAUCUAGAUAUUAAAGCAAUGCCUACAGAUUAUGAAUCUAUUCAGUCGGCUUCAAAUCCUUUCAAAUAUCAAGGGAAACCAAGGCUAACAAUUGGAGCAUGUUACGAUCCUCAAACACAUCUGACAAGGCAACAUUUAAACGGUGAUUUGACUGGUUUUACACUUCUACAAGAAAAGACUGAAUCACCGAAUUCCCUAAGAUGUAUUAGUCAGUGUGGUGAAGCUUUACUUAUUCCGAAUGUUUUACAGGUAUUAUGUCCAGAUAUUGAUAUACACUUGGAAAAUGAUGUGAUUACUGUUAGUGGACAGAAUGUGAAUCACGUGAUCGACGUGUUAACCUCAAUCGCUUAUGCUAGACCUCAACCAGGAAUUAGUGUGAAUUAUGUACCAAAUGUAGCACAAGCUCGUUUGCUAAGACUUUUAACAACGUACAGAUGUACUGGAGACCAGCAGUUCACUAUACCAACUGCAGAAAUUCGAUUAAAUGUUCUACCGAUGACAGUGACAGAUCUGCUAAAAUCAUCAUCACAUCAUGAAAUUUCUGAUCAAAUCUCUCAAUCACCUAAGGAUGCUUCUUUAUGGAUUCCGUCUAAUAUGCAUAUCCUUGAUCGUCCGAGUAUUUCACAGGCUGCCAUUGAAUCUCGAGCUAAUUAUGAUACAGAAACAAGACCGCUUCAACCUCCAUCAUUAAUAAUCCUUGGAUCAGAUAUUGUGACUACUGAACCACCAAUAAAUCCACCUGGUAUCCCUUUGUUUUCUGACCUUCGUUUUGGCCUUCCAACAGAACAAGUUUCUGAUUCGUCUGGGUCUUCUGAAGCUGCUGCAAUUGUACCAUUAGAUGAUUGUUUUGUAUGGCUUAUAUCAACUGGCAGUCCAAUCAGUUUAAAUAUAAGACCAAAAUUAUACGAAGAAUUUGGUGCACGUAUUGACUGGCCUAUAGAUGAAACUCAAUCGAAUCAGUUGAUUGGUAUGGCUGAUCGUAGUGGAAUCCAGUUAAGAGGACGUAAACCUGCACUGAUCUAUGCUAAUCUCCUGCAUAAAUUCAGAUUUUUGCCACCUAAAAAUAUACGUUUAAUGAAAGCAGUUGAUGAAAAGACAGAAAUCAUUUAUAUGGCGAAUAUUGGUUUAGUAUGCAGUUUGGAUAGUGGAAAACAGACAACACCUGAAUUUGUUGUUAAAAUUGUUAUUCAAGGUAAAGAAGCGAAAACAGAAUCUCUUGUAAAUGAAAUGGGUGCAUUCAUUUCAAAUCAGACUUCUUCAUUGUCUAAUUCAAAUUUGGAUGCAGUACACUAUGUUCUGUCAGAUCAAGAACGCAGAGACUCAAGAGAUAAAACUUUAAGUCGUCUACGUCCUAUUAAUCCAAGUGAAUAUAACAGUGAGACUACAGAUAAAAAGACUCAGUAUAAUUAUACUGGCUUGAUUGUUGGUUUAUCGAUCUCUGCAUUAAUACUAUGGUUGAUAAUUGGGGCAGCUGUCUGGUAUGUACGUAGAAAUCAACCAAGGACUAAUUCUAAACCAACACGUCGUAGGAGAUUUGCAUCUCAACCAGCUGAUUUUGGUGGUUCUAAUCUGAAAACAGAUCCAACGCUCAGAUUAACUGCUAAUCCUGUGAAUGAUCUACACCUUCUGGGUAUGAAAACGAAUGUUAUUCGAAGUAUGGAAUAUCCGAAUCAUUCAACACCUACACGAAAUCAGUGUAUUUAUUCACCGCCGAUGACAGCGCAUAGAACAAAUCCAUUCAAUAAUACUAAUAAUAACAAUAUACCAUGCGACGAGAUAAGUAAUUCAGUAUCACCAAUUCAUACACCAAGAUUAGCUGAUCUUGAAGAAUUCGAUGAUGAAAAUUAUGAAUACGAUGAUGAGUUGACAGGCAUAAAUCAUCCUAUCAAUGAUAGCAAAUAUUGGAUUAUGGGACCAGCGGCAACACCAACCCCGACUAAAUUCGUCAAAGAGUCUAUAGUCAAGUCAUUGAUUAAUCAAGACCAAAUUGGAAUGCCGAAGUUGUUACCACCUGAUCGUUAUGAAUGGAUUGAUAAUGAGGCAGAAUCGAAUUGGCAUGAAGAAAUCCAUGCUUGUAAUGAUGAUAAAGAGGAGUUAACUCCAAAAGAAUUACUCGUUCAAACAAGCAAUCAUGUAAAUCAAAACAGUAUUAAUCAGAUUGUUCAUGUCUAGGAGGAUAUUCACUGAUACAUGACUGAAUGACUGAGUGAGUGACUGUUCCUUCAAUGCCUCCCUCAUCUUUAUUUACACUUGAUAAUUUUUAUGUUUCAUUUCUUUACGAAAUUACCACAAGUUGUCUUUUCGUUAGUGAAAUUGUAUAGGAUAAGUAAUUACUUGUGAAGUUUGUUGCAUACAUGCUGGCAGACAUGCUGAGUAUCACUCAUACACAUAAACAUACAUACAUAUAUGCCAUAUUUUUGCCUUUUCUUUACGCCGAAACCAUCAAAUAUUUCUUUGUGUUCCACAAAUUUUUGCAUCAAAAGUCAUGCGUACUGAUAAUUCCACUAGGUAUAUUCACGUGUCAUUAAGAACCCUCGCCAUGUUUAUAUACCCUAUUUUGCCAUAUAUGAAUCCUUUCUAAUUCAUUUCAUCGCCUAUCCGUCUGUUCUACCUAGUCAUAAUGUCCACUUACACUUAUUGUCUGUUAUUUCAUACCUCCGUUUAUAUAUUUUUCGUUUAAAUAAUAUACUACUUUCUAAAAUAAAAGUAGUUAAACACUACAGCUAAUUUUUUAUUGAAUACUGGCUUAUUAACAUUCUACUAAUAUUUUGUUCUAAUGCUUCUUUUAAAAAAUCAUUUUCGUAUAUAUCCAUGUCAUUGAAAAGUUUCAUGUGCUUGCCUGCUUACAUACUUGCCAAUACACUUUUUUGUCUACUGAUAGUGCUG